AUGGACGGCCCAUCGAUGGGAGGUGGAAGCAGAUCAAUUCCUAUCAUCAUCAUUACCGGAUGUAACGAGGAGGGAGACGGGGCUUGCUACCAGUCCCGAUACAUUAAUAUUAUCCCUACCACAGGCAGAUGUGUAUAUAGCAUAACUACCAGUGGCGGCCAACGGUUCCGGCCUGCUCCGGAACCAGCAAAUGACCCGUAUAGGCAUGACGGUACAAUCUCCUCAUCGUCUCAUGGAGAUUGUCGUAUUGUCGAGUGCCAAUACUGCGCUCUUUGCAAAAAGCACCGCAUCGCCUCCCAUGCCCUCCAAGAGAAGCUCAUUGGACGCAGCGGCGGCGCAAACUCUUGGGAUCCAUACUUUCACUGGAUCAUGAACGAACAAAUCCCACUGUUAGGCCCAGACAGUCCUAGCAAGGGAGGCAUCAACUGGGGACUCUGCUGGAUCCAAAACUGUCACCACUGCAAGAAUAUUGGCAGCGCUUCAACUAAGCCGGCCAACACCAACCGGCUCGGGUGCCCGUGCAAAAGGGUCGGAAGUGAAUUUGGUUGUGAAUGCGGCCGGUCGCAUGAUCCGCCCGGUACCAUAGAUCUCCGAUUCUUGCCUCACAAUCCGCUCUACCCCUUGACAGCAUGUCGGCGGUGGACAAUGCAGAAGUUUGUCGUCCGUAGCAUCAGGAAGAAUCCGUGCUGUUGGUGUGCAGAGAUGUCCAAACGCCUGGCCGCACAGUUCGACGACAGCAGCAGUGACAGCGACAACCAAAAAGUACGCAGCCAGCAGGAGGUAGUGCACAACCUGAACCUGUACGAACGUAUCGCCUACAUUCUCAGCCCAUUUGCCACCGAGUUCAGCGACUUUAAGAAGGAAAAGGGGUAUAAUCACAACGAUUUCUUCUUCAACCUGCCAGAGUCUGCCGUGCCGGUCCCUCCGCCUCCGCCUGCGCCUCCGCUUCCAGAGAAGUCCGCUGCGACCAAGCCCCGGCGGCAACGUAGCCUGUCGGUGGAGGAGCAACAUGACUUUGAGCAGUUGAUGUUCGAGACCGACCCGUCGUGGGGCCACGCGAUACGCCCCAACACGCAGCCCAAGAAGCGCUCGCUUUGGCAGCGAAUCACAGGAGGAUAG